AUGUUUCUCGAGGCUCAAUACGCAUCGGAUGUGAGACACAAUGUGAACCUCCUGAACGCUGGCGAAGAGAUCAUGCUUCGAGUCCGUGGCAAAGCCAACCUCUGUUUGGAUGACGGAGGUGGCUGGACAGUUGCAACGUCCAAGUUCACCAACAAACCGUGCAACCCGAGCAGUCCCAACCAGAUCUUCAGGUACAACUCCGGUACCAAGGAGUUCGCCAGUGUGUACAAGACCGGAUUGUGUAUCGACGAUGGCGGUUCCUGGAACGCUGCAGGCCCCAAAGCUCAUUUGUGGUACUGCGACCCGAACAACCAGAACCAGUGGUUCGUCAUGGAUCCGCUUACUAUGAUGCUGAAGCACCCGGUGAAGAACAACUUGUGCUUUGAUGAUGGAGGCGGCAUCACUGCCGAUUCCACCAAGUACGUCAUGUGGCACUGCGACAACAACAAUCCGAACCAACACUUUGAAGUGGUUUCUCGUGCUGCUAUGGCCGAGGAGAAAAGGAAAAAGGUUGGGACCACUAUGUACGACCUCAUGGUCUCUGGAAAGGAGAUCAUGCUCCGUGUUCGCGGUAAGAACAUGUGCGUCGACGACGGAGGAGCUUGGUUUGCCGCUACGACCAAGUUUGUCGACAUGCCGUGCAAUCCGAACAGUCCGAACCAAGCGUUCAGGUACAAUAUCAAGACUGGUGAGCUCGAAAGUGUCUCCAAGCCCGGAUUGUGUAUCGACGAUGGAGGAUCGUGGAACGCUGCCGGUACUAAAGCUCAUUUAUGGUACUGCGAUAUCAACAACCAGAACCAAUGGUUCGACAUGGACGAAUCCACGUUGAUGCUUAAGAACCCGCUUAAGGACAAUCUAUGUCUUGACGACGGAGGAGGCCAGACGGCGGGUGCUACGAGGUAUGUUAUGUGGUACUGCGAUAACAACAAUCCGAACCAGCACUUCGAGGUCGUGUUACGAGAAGCUUUAAUCGAGGAGAAGAAGAAGACUGGACCUACUCCAUACGACGUUCUCUUAUCUGGAGAGGAGCUCAUGUUCCGAGUCAAGGGCAAGAAGAAUCUAUGUAUUGAUGAUGGCGGUGGCUGGGGUGCUGCGGUAACCAAGUUUGUGGACAUGCCGUGCAAUCCGGACAGUCCGAACCAAGUGUUCAAGUACGACGUCCGGACUCUUGAGUUCCAGAAUGUUAACAAACCAGGUCUGUGUAUCGACGACGGAGGUUCCUGGGAUGCUGGUGGCACGACAGCGCAUUUGUGGUACUGCGACGCGAACAACCAGAACCAGUGGCUCGUACUGGAUGAGUCUACGCUUAUGCUGCGUAACCCCAUGAAAGAUUAUCUCUGCUUUGACGACGGGGGCGGCAGAGGUCCUGCUGCCACGAAAUUCAUCAUGGGGCAUUGUGAUGUCAACAGUCCUAAUCAGCAUUUUGAAAUCUUACCCCGUUCAGUUAUGAUCGAGGAGAAGAGGAAGAAAGUCGAGAUGACCGCAUACGACAUCCUUGCGUCUGGACAAGACGUGAUGCUUCGAAUCCGUGGGAAGAACAACUUGUGUGUUGACGACGGUGGAGGCUGGGGUGCUGCACACACCAAGUUCGUUGACCAGCCGUGUGACCCUGAUAGUGCGAAUCAAGUGUUCAGGUACGACAUGAAGACCCGCGAAUUCGAAAAUGUCAACAAGCCAGGCUUUUGUAUUGACGACGGAGGUUCAUGGGACGCCGCAGGAAGCACGGCGCAUUUAUGGUACUGCGAUCCAAACAACCAGAACCAGUGGUUUAUACUGGAUGAUGAGACUUUGAUGCUACACAACCCCAUGAAGUCCAACUUGUGCUUCGACGAUGGCGGCGGUACGACGGCAGGAGCUACCAGAUUCAUCAUGUCGUGGUGCAAUAACGACAGUCCGAACCAGCACUUUGAGGUCGUUCCUCGAGCUACGAUGGCUGAAGAGAUCAGGAAGAAGAGGAUUGCAGCUGGCAUGGAUGAUGAGCUAGACCUCCUUAACUCGGGACAGAAGGUCAUGCUCCGUGUCCGCGGUAAGGACAACUUAUGCGUAGAUGAUGGUGGCGGUCGCUGGAACGGCGCGACAAAGUUCAAUGAUCAACCAUGUGACCCCAGCAGUCUACACCAGGUCUUCACUUACGACGCCAAGACACGCCAAUUCAGAAGUGUGAGCAAACCUGGUUUCUGUAUUGACGACGGUGGAGCUUGGAAUGCUGCCGGCUCGGAAGCUCAUCUAUGGGAUUGUGACCAAAACAACCAGAAUCAAUGGUUCAUAUACGACGAAGACACUAUGAUGCUGCGUAAUCCGGUAAAGGGCAACCUGUGCUUUGAUGAUGGAGGAGCCACAAAACCCGGGGAGACCAAGUACAUUCUGUAUUUCUGUGAUGAUAACAAUCCUAAUCAGCACUUCGAGAUCCUGUCACAUGCCAAAAUGGCCGAACAGAGGAAGCAAAGGUUGGUCGCCGCUGGACUCGACGACGAAAUGGAUCUUCUCGAGUCUGCCCAGCCGAUCAUGCUGCGUGUUCGGGAUAAGGACAACAACCUGUGUGUUGACGACGGAGGUGGCCGAUGGAACGGCGCCACGAAGUUCGUCAACCAGAAAUGCAAUCCGAAGAGUCCCAACCAGGUGUUCACCUACGAUAGCUUCACUCGUCAGUUCCGCAGUGCCAACAAACCGGGUUUGUGCAUGGACGACGGUGGCGGUUGGAACCCUGCGGAAACCCAAGCGCACUUGUGGGAUUGUGAUCCGAAUAACCAGAAUCAGUGGUUUGUGUGGGAUGAUAACUCCAUGACGCUGCGCAAUCCUGCCAAGAGAAACUUGUGCUUCGAUGACGGUGGCGGUAUGACUGCUGGCGCAUCGAGAUACAUUUUGUGGACAUGCGAUAAUAACAGUCCCAACCAGCAUUUGGAGGUUGUAUCACUUGACCGAAUGAUGGCGGAGAGGAAGAAAGAGCAGAUCGCUGCUGGAACGUCGGCAGUCGACAUCCUCGCCACGGGACAGGAGAUCAUGCUGCGAGUUCGUGGGAAGGCCAAUCUAUGUGUGGACGACGGUGGCGGUCACUCGAACGGCGAGACCAAAUUCGUUGACCAGGCUUGCAACCCGAAUAGUCCGAAUCAGAUCUUCACCUACAACGCUAUGACGCACCAGUUUAAGAGCGUCUACAAGCCUGGUAUGUGUAUGGAUGACGGCGGUGCCUGGCAUGCAGCCGGAUCUCAAGCUCAGCUUUGGGAAUGUGAUCCGAAUAACCAAAAUCAAUGGUUUAUCAUGGAUGAAGACACGCUGAUGCUUCACAACCCGGUGAAGGAGAACUUGUGCUUCGACGACGGCGGUGGUAUGGCACCGGGCCAGACUCGAUUCGUCAUGUGGUUCUGUAGUGAUGACAAUCCGAACCAACACUUUGAGGUUAUACCUCGUGCUGCAAUGAUCGCGGAGAAGAGGAAGAAGCUGAUCGAUGCCGGACUUGAUGACGACGUCGAUCUGCUCUACUCUGGCAAGAACCUUAUGCUUCGUAUUCGUGGCAAGGACAAUCUUUGUGUUGACGAUGGUGGAGGCCACUCCAGUCGAGAGACCAAGUUUAUCAACCAACCAUGCGAUCCGAGAAGUCCGAACCAGAUCUUCACGUACGAUUCCUCAACGCACCAAUUUAAGAGCGUUAACAAACCCGGUUUGUGUAUGGACGACGGCGGUGGUUGGAUGGCAGCUCAAACCACAGCUCAGCUGUGGGAUUGCGACCGGAAUAACCAAAACCAGUGGUUCAUUCUGGAUGACGACAACAUGAUGCUCCGAAACCCUGUCAAGGACAACUUAUGCUUUGACGACGGAGGCGGUAGAACGCCAGCGGAGACCAAAUUCUGGCUGUGGACGUGCGACGUUAACAACCCGAACCAACACUUUGAAGUUAUCUCUCCUGCCUCGAUUCAAAUUCCAGGCGUUACGAACCCUGACCGGAUUGGUACCAAGUAUCUGGAUCUACUCAAAUCUGGUCAACAAGUGUUGAUUCGUUCGCACGGGAAGGACAACUUGUGUCUGGACGAUGGCGGAGGCUGGUCAAGCGGCGAGACCAAGUUCGUUUACCGACCGUGCGAUCCACAUAGCAUGAACCAACUCUUCUCCUAUGACAUCUACACUCGCGAGUUCCGAAGCGUCAGUAAGCCCGGAAUGUGUCUUGAUGAUGGUGGUGGUUGGUCUGCCGCCGAGACUUCGGCUCACCUCUGGAAGUGUGACGCAGGUAACGAGAACCAAUGGUUCACGUUCGACCCUGAUGCUCUGAUGCUGCAUCGUCCAGCAAAGCCCGACUUGUGCUUCGACGACGGAGCCGGUCAGGCGAACUUCUUCCUCUGGUACUGCAACAUUGACAAUCCGAACCAGCAAUUUGAGAUCGUGUCUCGUGGAGCGAUGCUAGAGGACGCCAACGUGUCACCUCCCGAUGUCCCCGUGGUUCCGAAGGCAGACAUGCCGCUUGCUACGUACGGAGACGGCGACUGGAACCUGCUAGCACCGUCUAACAACACGAUCGAUCUUGUCAACUUGGACAACUCGUCUGCCAUCUCUGCGUCGGAGAUCUUCAUGUACUUGCAGACCCUAAAGGACCGUGCUGACAUGCAGCACCAAGUCACGAUGUAUCGCUACAAACGCACAUACCAAUGCGCGAGUGCAGGUCUGCAGACCCUGGCGAAGGACGCAGUGACGGAAGACGAGUAUCAUGUCUUGGUGCAGUGGAUGUACGACCAUUGCGCUGCGGGAGCGACCGACGUGAUCGCUGAUGCGAACCCGUCACCUCCACUCACCGACGACGUCCUCAAGUCUGACGACGUGGCUCCUCUGGUCGAUGACACGGACGUGAAGCGUCAAUUCAUGACGAAGCUCGACUUCUACUAUGAGAUCAAGAAUCACUACACUCAGCAGAGCGCCGAGCUCAUGGGUCAAGCAGCAGUGGCGAAUCUGAGAGCCCAGGAGACGGAAACACUGGAGAAGAAGCUGGUGGACUGCAUCGAAGAGGCUGCCGAGCGCUACGGAUACAACAAGGACGGCAAAGCGGACGAUUCAGCGGAUUACUUGAAGAAAGCCAUUGCUUGGGUCGAUGCCACAUGCAUGGCGUCGUAA